UGACGGGUCGAAAUGCACAUGAGGUGUUUGGGGUCCUGCCUGCUACGACAUUAGUAUUGGAGAACUUCAAGUGGUGUCACCACCUGUGAGGCGAGUUCCGUCCUACCAUGAAAGUCUUGAUCGCAUUCUCUAUCCAUAUUCUCUUCGUGUUGCUCGUCUCAGCACACGGCGACCAUGAAGACUCAGAAGAGAACGCAAAACUUGCUGAUGCAAGCUACGCCAUUCGACAUAUGGCCACCGAACACCAUAUUGAUUCCUUCGACAUGGAAAGUUUCUUCCAGCUUCAUGAUUUGAACAGAGAUGGCGUGUGGGACCGGGAAGAAAUUGAGGCUAUAUACGGCGUCCAUCAUGUGUACUCACAGAAAAAGUCGAAGGACGACAUUGAACACCAGAAGAAGGCUGAUCAUGUUGCGGAUACUGUACUCAAGCUCUUGGACAAAGACGGGGACAGCAAGGUCACGCCAGAGGAGUUUGCCGCUGUUGGGAUGAGUGGCUUGCCGAGUUUUGACGACAUAGGCGCAGAGGGUCACCAUUACGAUGUAGAAAGCGAGUUUUUCUUACAUCACGAAGAACAAUAUCACUCGACACCUGAAACACAAACCGAUGCAUCAUACAUUCACCCCGAAGACGCUGAACACUUUGCACAGCACGCAGCUAUUGAACGUGAAGAAGCAGAGCGAGAGGCGAAAUUUCAAGGGAUAACAGUUGAGGAAGCCAUCCGCGCACAUGAAGAGCCCCCCGCACGCCCUGCACCCCCCGCUGAAAGUGCGCCAAAGCCCAAAAUCACCCGUGGAGUCCCACCAGAGAAGCAGGAUCCAGUGGUUAAGUACAAGGAUAUUGGCAAGGAGAGCGACAGCCAGUCAGAAUGGGGAACCGGAGAACAAGGCUACAAGCAACCUAACACCCCAGCAGAGAAAACGAGGAAGAACCUCCCAUACAAGGAACGUGUACAGUAUAAAUUCCGACGGAAUUGGGGAGAUUUCUAA